UGCCCUCUUUUGAAAAAGUCACCCACGCUAACAUUUUAUACUCAGUCCAUUUCCCUUAUUUCAACCCCAAUUUCCAUCACUUCCAAAAACUACACCAUGGCAACCAGAGUCACUAUUUCCAUCACACUUUUACUCUUCCUCUCCAUCACCCUCUCACGCGCUCGCGAUCUCCAAAACUCACUCUCCGAAUCGGCCACGCGCUCCAAACCCCAACAAUACGACACCGUUUCGUUCAAUCUCAACUCCAUCGACCACCUUCCGGUAACGCUCCUCGAUCUCCGUACCAUCAACCGUCACGGCCAUGUACUCCGUCCUUUUCCGGUAGGGUUCCCCUUAUCUCACCGCCGUUGCCGCCAUGGUCACCGCCGCCAGAUCCCUUACGGCAACGACAUGAUCUUGGCGAACCACGCAAGCACAAAACACCGCCAGAUCUCUUACGGUAAGGACAUGAUCUUGGCGAACGAUGUUACCACCAAAGAUCGUCAGAUCCAGAAACGAUUGACGAGGAUUCACGGUGGUGAGGGUGUGAUGUAUCCGCAGGUGAUGGGUUUUAAUCAUCCUCACAUCCAUAGCCAGGAUCAUCAUCAUCAUCACCAUCAUCAUGAGAAGAGUUGGUUUUCAAAGAAGAUUCAUGAGUUCUUGAACUUGUUCUGAUUUUGAUGAAACUUGAAGUCGAUGAUGCUUAUGAGAAUAUAUAUAGAUAUAUAGAUAUAGAUAAGAAGUGUUUGAGUGGAAAUUAUGUAUUUAUUGUUUUAAUUUUAUUUUAUGUACUAUAUACUAUGAUGCACUACUAGUAAGAGUUUUUAUGUUAUUAUUAAGUUAUAAGUUGUUAGGGAAUUUAAUAGAGUGAUGGAUGCUAUGUUAUGAUGUUGCUGCUACUUACCAACUUUUAUGCUAGUUGAUGAUAAAUAAGAAAAAUGUUGGAACUUCACUUUA